UCAGAAUCUUCUUUGCUAAAAAAAAAUUAGAGGAUAAUAUAUCAGACCUAGUUGUUAUAAGAGUCAAUCUUCUCACAUCGCUGCUCAGCCCACAAGUCAACUUCAAGGAGUGCAGGCCACUGACUGUUCCGUUCGAGGUUUGAGAAUUCGGACUUCUCGAAGUUCUUGCCGAGUACCGUACGAGUACGACGAGGUCGCGAGGCCAGCUGCACCGCGUAUUUCGGCGAGAGUGAUCAGUCAUGGAAGCAGGUGAGAAAUGUAAGAAUUGUGGAGCAUCGGCUGUUGUAGAAGAUGAAGGACAAGUUGUAUGUACAAACUGUGGCCAGGUCAAGGAGGACUCCGCAGCAUAUGUCAGAGAUGGGGAUUAUUUUGAACACACCCAGUCUUGUCACUCUGAAGGUUCAUUCAAACCUACGUUCGGAAAGCCGGACUUUCGCCUUGCAAACUCAACCAGUUAUUUCAGAUCAGCUCUCAACCGUUGGACCAAGUACAUACAAACACUCUGUGAGCGUAUGCAGAUUGCCAACAAAGAGAUGCAUACGGAAGCAGUGGAAAUCUUCAAGAGAGCCUUUCAGAUCACUCAUUUCAAGCAAAUGCACAAGGAGGGCAAGAAAGCAACAUGUGCUUCCUGUGUGUACAUCACGUGCAGACUACAUGACUGGCCCAUUAUGAUUAUCAACUUGGUGACUGUUACUGAUAUCACAAGAGAGCUAUUACUCUCCAUCAACAUGCAGCUGAUUAGAGUGUUGAAGAUUGAUAUACAAACGGUCAGCAUCGAAGAGUAUGUUCCUACAUGUUUGAGGGAACAUGGUGUGAGCGAUGACCAAUGGAAGGCAAAGACUCUGGAAGUGAUAUCCCUAGCCAAGGAACUGUGGUUGAACGCUGGUCGGCGUGUGGAUGCAUUGGUCUUGGCAUCCUGCUGCAUCGCCUGGCAGGCAUCUGCUCCCGCAAAUCACAAGUUAUCGAUGAAAGAGUUUGGGAGGUCCAUGUUGAACCAAAGGGUCCCAGAGCUGGUAAAGGUGCGAUACAGGGAACUGACAAACAUCCUGAGAAAGAUGGUUGUAAAGGUCCCCUGGGUGUCUAAGAUUAUUCUUAAGAAAUCAACAAGGUCCUGGAUGUAUUUCCUUGAUGAUAUUCUCAGGUUUAAGAAUAGUCUGCUAUCACACCUUGAACCACCGGAAGACAUGGAUGAUCUUGAAAACCAGGAGAAUAGCUUCAUUGUGAUGCCUCCUUCUUAUGCAGCAAGCUUGGAGAAUAGAAAGUUUGAGAAUCAGCAUGUAGAAGAAAGUAACUUUACAAAGACAUCUGGACAUGAGAGUAGGGAAAGCAUGUAUGACCCAGAGCUGAAUGAAAAGGACAUUCCAGAGUCUGAACUUAGUCAUUACAUCAAAACACCUAAAGAGAUUCAGCUAGUCAAAGACCUUGCAGUUAUUAGUGGUAUACAUGUAGAUGUAUGAAAGCUUUCUAUGUACACGUAUAUUAGAGUAAAGAUGGAGACCUCUUGCAGAUACUUGUGCCAUGAAGCCCAUUGAAAUUACAGAUUUUGGUUUAGAAAGGCUUCUCAUCUUACUCAUUAAACUUUCUGUUUGUUUUUAAUUAUUUAUUACUUAAAUACAAAAAAUUAUAUAAUCUUGCCAGCUCUUCUUGUCCAUUGAAAUAAUGAAGAAAGGUUGUAAUAGAUUAAAAUCACCUUCAUCUAUACAGUAAUUGAUUAAUGUGAACAGCGAAUGUGGUGUGUACAGCAUAUCUUAAAAAAGAAAUAGAAUAAAAUAUGGUACAACUUACAAGUAGAUUCUACUAACAUGAUAUGGACACUCCAGUAAAUAGAAAAAAAUGACAGUGUUAACAAUGGUAACACUGGAGUGAUAAUUAAAAAUAACACCCUCACAUGACUGAAUUUUAACCAAUCCUAUUCCAAAAUUCGUAUUAUGCGGAAUAUUAUAGUCAGCGUAUCCUUUCAGUAGUUCAUUCUGGUAUCUCUAAAAUCAUAAUGACAGAGAUGAAAAAUAAAGUUUAUAAACUCAUGAAAUUGAAAUCGUUAAUGGUCUCAUAAAUUUCCCUAAAGUACUAUCAUUCUUUUGAAAAAAAUUAAAUGCAAUCACAUACUUUUCAUAGCCAUGUACAUGUAGCAGAAGCUAAACUUUAAGUGUUAAUCUCAAUUAUUUUUGUCCACUGAAACCCUCUUAAGGAUGUGAAAACAGUAAUGAUGGGAAAAUUACUUAUAAUAAUGCUAAUUCAUUCAUAAAUCCCAGAAAAUACCUCUUUAUUUGUUGACUGAUUUUGAUUUUUUUUCUUCCAUCUGGUUUGGAUGGGGUGCACCAAACUUGUAACCAGAAUUCUUGAGAUUUUGACUAGAAAAUUAUUUUUGCUAAUUUACCUUAUGUGAAAUUUAUUCAUAAUCACAACAAAAUGCUUCUUU